ACGCCGAUUGGACAGGCGCUUCCCGCCCUCCCUUGGCCGCCUGAGGCGCAGAGGUGAUAACCGAGGCUUGGAGACUUGACGCCAGGCUGCAGCGAAUCUAGGAGACCCAUGAGGAGGCCUCUUUGAGCCGACAGGUGUUUUGUUCAAGUUUUAAAGUUAAGUCAAAAUGCCAAUAAGACCAGAGCUUCAGCAGUUGGAAAAAUGCAUUGAUGAUGCUUUAAGGAAAAAUGAUUUUAAACCUUUGAAAACACUUCUACAAAUUGAUAUUUGUGAAGAUGUGAAGAUUAAAUGCAGCAAACAGUUUUUCCACAAGUUAGAUGACCUUAUGUGCAGGGAGCUUAAUAACAAAGAUAUCCAAACUGUUUCAACCAUUUUGGUUUCUUUUGGACGAUGUGGCAAAAAUAUCAGUAUAUUGGGGCAAGCUGGACUUCUGACUAUGAUAAAACAAGGACUAGUCCAAAAGAUGGUUGCCUGGUUUGAAAAAUCCAAGGAGAUUAUUCUGAGUUGGGGAAAUUCAAAAGAUGAAGCUGUUAUAAAUAUGAUAGAAGACUUAUUUGAUCUUUUGAUGGUCAUACAUGACAUCAAUGAUGAAGGUAAAAGACAAAUAGUGGAAAGUUUCGUGCCUCGAAUUUGUGCCCUGGUUAUUGACUCAAGAGUGGAUAUUUGUAUUCAGCAGGAGACUCUAAAAAAAAUGAAUGUGAUGCUUGACAGAAUGCCUCAAGAUGCCAGGAAGAUACUCUGUAACCAACAAAUGUUAAUUCUCAUGAGUAGCAUGGGAGAAAGGAUUUUAGAUGCUGGAGAUUAUGAUUUGCAAGUGGGUAUCGUCGAAGCUUUAUGUAGAAUGACCACAGAAAAACAAAGACGAGAACUGGCUUGUCAGUGGUUCUCAAUGGAUUUUAUUGCUAAUGCAUUUAAAGGAAUUAAAGACUCUGAAUUUGAAACGGAUUGCAGGAUAUUUCUCAACCUUGUAAAUGGCAUGCUUGGAGACAAGAGAAGGGUCUUUACAUUUCCUUGUUUGUCAGCAUUUCUUGAUAAAUAUGAGCUGCAAAUACCAUCAGAUGAAAAACUUGAGGAGUUUUGGAUAGAUUUUAAUCUUGGGAGCCAGACUCUCUCAUUCUACGUUGCUGGAGACAAUGAUGAUCAUCAGUGGGAAGCAGUCACUGUGCCUGAAGAAAAAGUGCAGAUAUACAGCAUUGAAGUGAGAGAAUCGAAGAAGCUACUGACUAUAAUUCUGAAAAAUAUAGUAAAAAUUAGUAAAAGAGAAGGGAAAGAAUUGUUUUUGUAUUUUGAUGCAUCAUUAGAAAUCACUAAUGUGGCACAAAAAAUUUUUGGUGGAAAUAAAUAUAGGGAAUUUACCAGAAAACAAGGUAUAUCCGUUGCCAAAACAUCUGUGCAUAUCCUUUUUGAUGCAAGUGGAUCACAGAUUCUAGUCCCAGAAAGUCAAAUCUCACCAGUUGAAGAAGAACAUAAUAGUUUGAAAGAAAAAGCUAACCUCCAAGAGGAAUUUACUAAACCUUCAAAAUAUAUCAAAAACAGUAAUCAAAGGGAUAGAAAAAAUAGCCAGCCUGAGAUAAUUACUCCUAGCAAAAGAAAAAUGUCAGAAGCAUCAAUGAUUGUUCCUGGUGCAGAUAGAUACACUGUGAGAAGUCCAAUACUUUUAGUCAAUACAUCAACACCACGAAAAAGAAGAAUUAAACCACCACUGCAAAUGACAAGGUCUACAGAAAAACCUGGUGUUUCUAAAACAUUGGAACAAGGAGUGGAUUAUGCUGUAUCACUUAAAUCUAGACCAUCUGAAGAAAUAAAGAAAGGAGAUAAUACAGACAAACCUAUCAAAACUGCUAAAGUUAUAGAAAAGACAGAAAAUAAGGACACUGAAUUCCCAAACCAAAAUUUUAGUGAACUCCAGGAAAUUGUUCUUGAUUCACAGGCAGCAGGAAGAAUAGAUAAACCUGGGUUACCUGGUAUUUUAGACAAUACCUGUGGAGAUAAAAUGCACUCCAAAUGGGCAUGUUGGACACCUGUAACAAAUAUUAAUCUGUGUAAUAACCAAAGAGCAAGUACUUCAUCAAAAGACACAUUUAAUCAAGAUAUUGUUAUCAACCAAAAACUUACUAAACAAAAGUCAUCCUCUUCAAUAUCUGAUGAUAAUUCUGAGGAAACAGGAAAGGUACAGUGUAGGAAGGAGAUAAUGCAACAUAACAGAACAGAUAAAGCAGAAGCAGAUGACUGCACACCAAGCAGACAACAACCAGGUCACACUACACAUUUGGAGGAUAAAAGUAUUGAAGAUACCAAGCAGAGUGAUUGGUGUAUUGAAUCUGAAACUACUUUUAAAUCCGUCCUCCUAAAUAAGACAGUUGAAGAAUCUGUGAUCUAUAAGAAGAAAUAUGUGUUGUCAAAAGAUGUGAAUACUGAUACUUGUGAUCAAAGCCCUUCUCGAAAAAAUGCAAAGAGUCUUAGAAAAUCAGGGAGAAGAUUGACAUCUGAGUUUAAUUCCUGGGCUUUGAAACAAAAAAACACGAGAGAAAAGUCAAAAGGGAAAGGAUUUACUGAUGCAGCAGAAUCUUUGAUAAACCAAAUUAAUAAGCGAUACCAGCCAAAGGACAGCAUACAGUCUGUAAGAAAAUCAAAGGAGUCUUUGAUUGAAAGUGGUUUUUCAAACAAAUUAGAUCUACAGCUUGGUAAGGAGAAGGUUCAGAAAAAAAGUUAUAGACAAUUGAAGACUACUUUUGUUAAUGUUACUUCAGAAUGCCCAUUGGAUGAUGUUUACAAUUUUAAUUUGAGUGGAGCUGAUGAACCUGUUAUUAAACUUGGAAUGCAAGAAUUUCAAGCUACAGCUAGAGAAGCCUGCAUGGAUAGUUCAAUAACAUUGGUAGGUUUAAGGAAUCAUGAUGAACUUGAACCUUCUCUCAAAGCAAAAGAUAAGAGAAUUGGAUCAGAUUGUAAAAAGAAAAAUCCCUUUAGUGACAGUGACACAGAAUAUAGAUGUGAUGACGGCAAGACUGAUAUUAGCUGGCUAAGAGAACCAAAAUCAAAACCACUGAUGAUGGACUACAGCAGAAAUAAAAAUGUGAAGAAACAUAAAAAUGGGAAGAAAUCAAGACCAUCUUUGGAAAGGGCGCAACCAAGAUCUAAAAUGACACCCAACAAAAUCAUUACCAAAAAGGUAGAUGAGACAGUUGCAUAUGGGAGAACCAGACUUCCACGAAGAGCAGCAAAAACCAAAAAAAAUUAUAAAGACCUCUCAAAUUCAGAAUCAGAGGGUGAACAAGAAUUUUCAUGUUCAUUUAAAGAAAAAGUUCUAGUACAGGAGAAGAUUCAUUCCAGAAGCAAAACUGUGAAACUGCCAAAGAAACAGCAGAAUUCCUUCACUGCCAAAACACAAGAGGAUGUAUCAAAAGAAUGGAAAAUCUCAUCUGUCCUGAAAGAUGCUGGAAGAGAUAAUAGUCUUGACCCAUCUCCUAUGUCUUUAUCUGGGAGUCCAUCAUCUAUAGAAGUAAUGAGAUGCAAUAUAGGUGUAGAGAAAAUAACAGAAAGGGACUUUACUCAGGAUUGUGACUGUGUAGCAGAAUCAGUAUCACCUUAUCCAAAGACUUCAGAGUCCUUGAACAGUGGAGUUGGAGGUCCAAUAAAGUCAUCCAAAAACAGUGAGAAAAAUUUACUGUGUACAAGAGAAAGUUCAUCAAUUGCACAGUCAUUCUUUUUGAAAAGUCAUUCAGCAUCUCCAUUGUCCACGUCUAGUGAAGAGAGAGAGAGAGCAUGGUAUGGCAUGCCCGGUGACUCCACUCGUGUAUCAGGCUGUAUACAACAUCUUAGUUGCAAACGAAUGUACACGGAAGACAGCCUAAAUUAUUCUGGUGAACUGGAAGAAGAAAGAGCAGACUUUCUUCCCAAAAAACUCUGUAAAAGCGAAGAUGCAGAUCAUCACACCUACAAAGUGUCCAAAAGUAUAUCUCCAUUAUCAGCAAAUGACUUUUCUAUUCCUUUGGAGAACUGGGAAACUGAAAUUUCAGAUGUAGGGAUGAUGGUGUGCGAGCAGCUCAAUACAGAAUUUCAGAGGAAAGUUAAUAUCCGCCACAAAAUGAUGGAUUAUUUUACUAAACAGACUUGGAAAACAUUUCAACAACAUAUAAAAGCAAUCAACCAGAAGAUUCAGGAGUACAGGAUCAAAAAACUUGACAAAUUCCAAUUCAUCAUCAUGGAGGAGCUACAGAAUUUUGAAAAAGACUCACAAUAUUUAAAAGAUUUGGAGAAGGAAUUUGUGGACUUUCGGGAAAAGGUAUUUCAGCAGUUCAGUGCCUAUCAAAAAAGUGAACAGCAGAGAUUUCACCUUUUAAAAGCUUCAUUGGACAAGAAUGUCUUCUACAGCACUGAUUGUGAAGAAAAUAUUAUUACAUCUCAGAUGUGUUUGAUGAAAGAAAACAUGAAAAUGCUGCAAGACAGACUUCUUAAGGAAAUGCAAGAAGAGGAGCUUCUCACUGUACGCAGAGGACUGAGAUCAUUAUUCAUGGCUCAUGAGAGAAACUGUGUUUGAUGUCUAGUUGUUUUCAACAAGUUUUAUCCAAUUAUUCCUGUUUAGCUUAGGAAAUGCCAGAGUAGCUCUAUAAAGAAAAGACAUGUUACCCAGGCAAGAGUACCUCUGUAGAACCCUCUAAAUUCAAAGAACAGUCUGUCCUCUGCUGGAUAAGAAAGAACCUGUAAUCACCAUAACAUGACUGAGCUCCUAAGCCUUUUGUCUGUGCAAUACUUUUUUCAGAAAGCUUUGGGAAACCAAUCAGUAGAAGGAAUUGGCUUACUUUUAUAGUAAUAUUUGCAUGAGAUAAAUAUUACCAGUUAACUAUACUCAUGAAACUAGUUAUUAAAAUUUAUCAUAUAAAAUAUAUUUUAAACACAAACAGUUUUAACUAAAUAUAUAAAGUAUUGUUAAAAUUUACUAGUUCAGAACAUGAUUCAAAUAAUAAAAUUCAGUGAUGCAUAGAAGGGGAAGAAGUCUGAUUUAAAAUGCUUACCUGAGAGUAAAGCAGUACUUUCAGCACACUGUUGGAGAAUGUAUUUAUUCAGCUAUGGCUCCAUUGUAUUAGAAGGCACUAAAUAGCCUAACAGAGUUACCAUUUUAAUUCUAGGUAGACAUACUAAUAACCUUGGCUGUUUGGACAAGUACUUUUUAAGCCCUAGGGUUCACUGUAAUAUUUUGCUAGAUUAAUAUAUGAAAAUGAAUACACAUUUAGUUUGUGUAAUAAAGUUGAAAUAAAUGCUGUCACUUGGA